AUGAACGCCCCAGCGAUCAUCAGAGUUGCGGAUAUGGAAGCUUUAUGUCAGUCCAGAGCAUGCAGCGUUCGACGUGGGCAAAUCCCCUAUGACUUCAUCGACUUUGACCUCGUGGAAUCAGGAUGCAGCAUUGUCAUCUCCUUGAGAGCUCCUGGACUUUUUGGCCCCUUUGAUGCUGAGGAGGGAGAGGCAAGCAGUCUUAUGCAACAACCAGGGAUGCAGCCACAGGCACCGGCGGCUCAGACAGCUUUCAGCUUCAAUCCCCAUGCGCCACACUUUUGUCCUGGGCAACCUUUCCUCCAUUCCCUACCUGAAGGACUACAAGAGCUCUACGACCAUUGGGCACGAUUUGCCUUUAGCUGGGAGGGUGAAGAAGCUUCAGCGUCGGUGACAACAUGGUUUGUGGACCAGCUCCACCAGAAUCUCCAUAGCUGCUGGGUCUCACGUCAAAUUCAUCUGUCAGGAGACUACAAUGCUUGGGAAGCCACCCUUCAUAGAGCCUGGCAAGACUUGCGCAUUCCUGAUGCUCCCAUUCAGAUCCAUGUGGUGCAACCUGCACCGAUCAAUAUUGGACCAGAAUCGGCGGCACAUGUUCUCUUGAUACAGAAUCCGCAGGCUGCGUUGUCCUCUAGCGUCGUGACGUUCUUCAACAUGGAAAGGCACCCAGACGGUCCAACACGUCAGUUUGCCAUCACGACAGAUGAAGGAAUUCUUCUGGAACAUCUGAUCUAUGGGCUUGGCCUUGAAGGCAGAUGCCUUCUGCAUGGCGCCACUUCGGUAUGCACGGCGACAAGUGGCUCACAACAGCUCCAGCUAGGGCGCCCGUAUAUGGGCGGGGACGGCACGAGCAUCACCCUGUGGAUGAAUCGUCGCCCCAUCAUUCCGGCACCACAGGAUCCACAGGAGGCCACAAACCUCGUGCAAAUCAGUGCCCGGGUACAAAGGAGGGAAGAGGGGCGCCUAACACAUGGGCUGGUGGCUCACACCCAUGGGCCCCUCUCACAUUCUUCGCCUUCCUUCCAGACGGCGCUUAGAGUCAUUAAUGCGGGAGACUGGACCACUCCUGUGCCAUCCUUUGUCGAGGUACCCUGCCCACCGACUGAUGAAGGAGUGAGGGAAGCACUCUGGGACUUUGGUCUCUCAGGCAUCAUCUCCAUUCUUUCAGAUGAGCAAACGGUCCUUUGGUGGCCAUCCGGAACUGACAUGGAGGAUAUCUCUCGACAUUGCGUCUUUGUGUCCUGCAAUCUGCCCUAUGAUUGCAUUUUGCACACAUUGCCCCAGCCGGGCCAGGAGGUAGAACUUGACCUGAUGCGCCUGCUUUACCGAAUGGGAUUUGAGAAGGCAGUCAUUUUGGACCAGAUCAGACAUCCCUCGGGUAUCCUCGAGAUCCCUUUCAAAGAAGCACUUGGUGAAAUGCAAACCACUGAAGGUAAGCAGAAAAGUCUCCCACCGUGGCCAGCACCACAGAGGAGAACGACACGGAUGCCAAUGUAUCAAAGGCCGCAGCAUCAACUGGCACCAACAUGCAAUCUCAACUGUGGGAUAACCUCUGAGGACCUCUUUCAGUUCUUCCAUUCGUCCAAGAACACGCUGUGUACCUCAUUUGACGGCAUUGAUCUCCCUGACUUCUGUAGUGAACGACUACGCGGACUCGCAGCUCACACUCACUUCGACAGGUUGAUCAUCUACACGGACGGUUCUUCUCAGUCUCGCUCCAAGCAUAUCUCACCUUUGCUGAACGAGGAAAUUGGCAUUCCCGAUUCAUGGUGUUUCCUUGUGCUGGGAGAGACUUACCUUUCUGAUUCCACUUCAGACCUCACUCUCAUAGGGUGGUCUGCGCAUCAGGUCAGAACAGACCCCAACAGUGAUUGGUAUAUUGGUGCGGACCGAGUGGGAUCAGCUAUUGCUGAACGUGAAGCUCUUUGUUGGGCACUUCUUUGGAGGAUUGGCCAGAACUCCAACAUACCAACGGUGUUCAGAAGCGAUUCAAUGCUUGCGCUGCAACAGGCCAAUGGAGCCAUUGGAAGUUUGGUCUGCGACAUCUCUUUUCAGAUGCUUAGAGGAUGUGCACAACUUCUGGAAAGCGCACUUGGCCCAGAAGGGAUUCUUUUUGAUCAUGUACCAGGACACGCAGGCGAUCCCUUCAAUGAGAUCUGUGACCAGGUUGCGAAACAAGAAGGACAAAGAGGAUUCUAUCUUCCCAGACCACAACUGCAACUGAAGACAUGGCGACAGUUGAUCCCAUAUCUCUGGCUCCUGUUUGGAGGGAAUGUUGGGGCCCCUACCUUUCAGGGAAGAGGUUUCAGUGUGCCACCUCCUGAGCUGCCCCCGGAGGUUUCGGUUUCAGCAGUUGAACGCCCCUGUCCUCGCAAACAGGCUGCCACUUUUGCAGUCAGUGUUGCUACCAGCAAUGUCCAGUCACUUGGACUUGGGCAGCAGGGCUUUUCAGGAAAGUUACACUACAUUCGCACUCAAUUUAUGGCUCACAAGUUGAACUUUCUUGGCUUGCAAGAAACCCGCUCACCUGAAGGGAUGGCCAACACACAUGGUGUCUUACGGCUCUCUUCAGGAUGUGAUAAAGGUCAAGCGGGGGUUGAGCUUUGGUGUAAUCUGCAGCAGCCAAUUGCCACAGUCAAGAACAAAGACAUCUUCCUUCAGAGAAGACACUUCCUGGUUGUACACCGAGACCACCGUCGACUUUUGGUGAGGAUUCAACAUCCACUCUGGGAAGCAUGGUUCUUGGUGGCUUAUGCACCACACAGUGGCUAUGGAGACCUCGACAGAACCCAUUGGUGGAACACUACUCACAACAUUGUCCAGGAGCAUCACACAGAGAACUCCCCGCUCUUUGUAUGCAUUGACGCCAAUGCAGGACCUGGAGAACCUGACGGUGACCAUAUUUUCACUGCAGGCUUCCGCACUUCAUCCAGCACUAAGCUCCUACGUGCUUUUCUGGAGGAUUUCCACCUAUGUGCGCCCAUUACAAGUCCAGUUCAUGAAGGUUCUGUUUGUACAUGGACAUCGCCUUCCCAGGAGGAAUUCACAAUUGACUAUGUGCUGAUUCCUCAAACAUGGAUUUCCAGCUGCCAUCUCUCCCAGAUCAUUGAGGACUUCGACCUGGGCAAUCAACAACAUGAUCACUCUGUUCAUGCUGUGGAAUUGACUUGGCAGGGCCAUGUGACUCUCCACCCAUCGGGUGAAGGCCGCAGCGACAGUUUUGAGCGCUCCAUGAUUCGACAGCAGAUGCCGUCCAACUUUGAGCACUUUGCCAUCCACGCCUGGGAGACCAAUGUGGAAACGCACCUCCAGCACAUCAACGACCAGCUGCACUCCAUGCUGAAACGACAUUGCCCUCGCCCUAAGCGUGGACCUGAGCGACCCUAUGUUGAUGAACACAUCUGGACAUUGCGGAAAUCCAAACUUCACCACAAGAACGCCCUUAAGUACAUCAGAGCCCUUCUCCGUAGAGAAGCCAUGGCCCGUAUUUUUGCAGCGUGGCGGCAUCCUUCUUCAUGGGAUGGAAGCGCAUCCUUUGACUACGGCUGCACACUGCUUUCUGGUGCUCUCAAACAUGGAUUGGGCUUUCGCGUCACAGCACAGGCGUUGCGCAAGGCCAUCAUUUCCAACAAGAAGAUCGCACUCAGAAACACAGUGAAGGAGUUCACACACAACACGACUGCUUCGGAAAUACAGCAGGGCCUGAAGCCCUUCAUGGGUCCCACCAACAAAUUACGGCAGGGCAUGUCACCACUCCCCAUGAUCAAAGACGAGGAGGGAAAUCCCUGCACCUCCCAACAAGCAGCAUUGGAACGCUGGAUUACCUUUUUCAGCGACAUGGAAGGCGGAGAAAGAGUUGAUGGACAGCAGCAGCGCGACAAAUGGCGCUCCAACCUGGAGGACCUGAGAUGCCAUAACUUUGAGGUUGAGAUCACGGAAAUGCCUUCACUGGUCGACCUCGAGCAGGUCUGCAGACAAGUGGCCGCCGGCAAGGCAUCGGGAAUUGACAGAAUUCCAUCAGAACUCCUGCGUUACUGCCCAAGUUCUAUGGCAAGAACUCUUUACACUUUGAUGCUGAAGAUCUACCUCCAAGGCCAAGAGCCUCUUGAACACAAGGGUGGCUUCCUGGUUCCCAUCUGGAAGGGAAAGCUCAGCAAGGACGUAUGCGGUGCCUUCAGGUCUAUCCUCAUCUCUUCGAUGGUGGGAAAGACUCUCCACAAGGCCAUGCGCACCAAACAGUCUGACCUCUACCACAGUUUUCUUCAUUCUCAACAGCUUGGAGGACGAAAAGGGGUGUCUGUUGCCUUGGGGGGGCAUAUCAUCAGGGCCCUCCUUCGCAUCUUCAGUAAGCGGAAUCAGCCUACAGCGGUCCUGUUCAUUGACCUCCAGGAGGCAUUUUACAGGGUGAUUAGACCCUUAGCAAUUUCUGGCUCUUGGGAUGAUGCUCACAUCGCGUCCAUGGCUGCUCGUUUGCACUUGGACCACCACGUGGUGCACGACCUGUACCAACACCUCAACGAGGCCAGUGCCAUCGAGAUGGCAGGUAUGCAAGGAGCAGCGAAGCGAGCGAUUCGAGCUCUGCAUUUGGACACGUACUUUGCCCUCCCAGGACAACAUGACUACGUUCGCACUAGCCACGGCUCAAGGCCGGGCGAUUCAUAUGCUGAUGUGGUCUUCGGAUAUCUCAUGGCCAGGGUGCUGAAGUCCUUCGAGGCUCAAUUGGAGGCAAAGAAUAUCCUGUCCAGUUUCCCGGAUGAUCCUCAGCCUGAUUUUCAUGGAAGGGGCUUUGCUGAGACCAACCACAAGGAGGUCCAGAUGAUUGGUCCUUGCUGGAUGGACGAUCUCGCUAUUCCCCUCACUGCGGAGAGCAAUGAUGCUUUGCUUGCAAACCUGGGGACUGCUACGAGCACCAUCUUGGAUCUCUUUCGCUCACAUGCCAUGACGCCGAACCUUAGCAAAGGCAAAGCAGAGAUUCUCUUCAAACCCAGAGGCAAAGGGUCAAAGGCAUGCCAACGAAGGAUUUUCGGCCCGAAUGCUCCUGGUCAUUUUGACGCGAUUGGAGAAUAUGGCACCUACCAGGUCAACAUUGUGACGCAGUACCUGCACCUGGGAGGCACCACGCACUUCACUGGAGAUUUGCGCAAGGAGAUCAAAAGGAGGAUUGCCAUCUCCAAUCAGAGCUUCAACAAACACCGCAAGCUGAUUUACCAGAACACAGAUCUGGCACCGACAAGACGAUCGGAGAUCUUCAACAGCCUUAUCCUCAGCAGGCUUCUCUUCGGCGCGGAGACAUGGUUCAUCCAGGAUCAAAAAACGAAGGAAUACCUACACAGUGCUGUAAUGCGUCUCUACAAGAGACUGAUGCGUUGCCCUUCCGACUCCCAUGUCUCCGAUGAUGAAGUCCUCCAUCGAACUGAACUCCCUGCACCAUCUACAUUGCUGCGCAUGAAGAGACUGAGCUAUCUCAGUUCACUUAUUGCAGUUGGAUCAUCUGCCCAUUGGGGACUCCUCAACCAAGACAUUGACUGGAUGAGCCUCCUUCGAGAUGAUUUGCAAUGGGUCUGGGAUCAACUUUGCCACUCCUGCAAUCUUGGGAACCCUUGUGACCACACGGAUAGAUGGUUGGAAGUUAUCCGCCAUCAUCGAGGAUACUGGCGCAGGCUUCUGCGCAGGGCAAAGCAGCAUUCGAUCCUCGUGACGUCACGCAGGUUUGUCUGCAUUGAUGGGCAUCUUCGUGUUCAGCGCCUUCUCGUCCACCAUUCGUUCUGGAGCCAGCCCACAGCGGAAGAGGAGUUCAUUGCUGCUGAUCCCUCAGCUACUUUUGGGUGCAUGCAUUGCGAGCAAGCAUGUCGCAACUUUGCUGGCGAGGGCGCUCACAUGAAUAGAGCGCAUGGACAAUUCCAUCCAGUGAGAACCCUGAUUGAUGGCACACAAUGUGGCACAUGCCUGAAAGAGUUCUUCACACAUGGAAAGCUGCAGGCACACCUUAUCAGGGCUACGAGAUGCAGACAGCAACUGGUCGGACGCAAAUGGCAACUUCGUCCACUUCCGGGGCUAGGAUCAACGCAAGUGGCUCUUCAGCAGGAGACUUGGGAUGGGAAAUUGCCCACCUUACAAGCGGAAGGCCCUAGCCUUGAGCCGGUUGCACCCAGGGAUUUCGACAUUGAGCAUGCGCAGCUCUUCGAAACCUUGGCGCUUCUCAUUGUGGAGACGACGGCCGACAGCGUGGUUGAGUUUGAGGACAAGGUCAGGGUUGCCAUUAAGCAGUGCACUAUUUCUUGGACUUUGUGCCGAAGGACACUUGAGCGGCUCAUUGCUUUCAUGGAGGAGGCCGAGACAGACCAGAGCAAGGAGGUCAUGGCCCGCAUGAGACAGAGCCUGCGAUCUCUCUGUCUGCCUUCGGCCUGGCCCUUCCUUCUCCGUCAUAGACCAAAAGAAUGUGGACCUUUGACUUUGAAGCAGAUUGAGCAAGAUUUUGAGCGAGCAGAACUUUGUCCUCCCGCAUCUCAUGCCAUUCCACGCCCUUGCACCAAGGAUGGGUUUGUGGAGCCCUUUGUGGACCGCCCUGUGAAACCUGGUCCCAGGACGCAGCUGAGGGAGCAUCACAUCACCAAAGAGCUGCCAAAGCGCAGCGCAAUUGGUAAAGGGGCUGACGGAGCCUGGAAGACGUCGCCCCUCAAAGAACACCCACCUGCGAUGAACAGAGCCUUAGCGGCCUCGUUCUGUCAAUGGUUCCUUGCACACCCUUUUUGUGCAGACCAGUGCAUCGACCCUGACUUUUUUCAGCGGUGCCGCUCUAUGAUUCACAGAGCUUUUGGCACACGGAUUGGGCCGGAUUUCGGGGGCUGA